GGACCGUGGAGCCGCCGGGGGACAGUGUGAGAGAGUGGGAGAGGUGUUGGGCUCGUCGUGGUGUUCAUUGAUGCUGCUGCCUGGAUUCGGACUGUUUGAAUACAAGUUGGACUACUGUGGGAAAGUGUUGAAGCUCCAAAGAUACUCUGCCUCCAAAACAUCAGUGGGCCCGAUUUAGCCCUUUGAAGAUCUACUUCCCUGACAAAGAAACUUAAAAAAUAUCUUACAACAAAUGAGGCCACCAGCCAAGAGGAGAAAUCUAUUUUUGUUUUGACACGUUUCUCAGGAAUCUUUUAGUACCAACUAGAUUCAAUGGACACCUCUAAAGCGCCUCAGAUAACACUGGAUAGGACUUGUGUCCUGGAGGAGGCAGAAUGUGAAGAAGAUGUGGAUUUGCCUGCAGAUGACCAUCUCAUGAACCUGAAAGCCUUAACAGAGAAGUUAAGACUGGAGACCAGAAGACCUUCUUACCUGGAGUGGAAAGCCAGGCUCGAGGCAGAAAGCUUCAGAGACUCAGAAAAUGGAAACAGCCUGAGCCAAGUUGAUCCUGAAAAGAAAGCAGCAGCGACCUCCAGUGAGACUGUCGUGAACUCUGAUGUGAUUCAGUGCAAGCUGCCAUCAGGUGUGCUGAAGGGAUUUGGAAACAUCGAUGAAGCCCUCAGUUGGCUGAGAAGAGAGCUGACAGACAUGCGUCUGCAGGACCAGCAGCUAGCGAGGCAGCUCAUGCGGCUGCGGAACGACAUCAACAAGCUGAAGAUAGAGCAGACAUGCCACCUGCAUCGCCGGAUGCUCAAUGAUGCCACUUUUGGCCUCGAGGAGCGCGACGAGCUGUCCGAUCUGUUGUGCGAAUGUCCAGUCACACCAGGGCUCGGCCUCUCCGCUCCACUGAGACUCAUCGGCGUUACCAAGAUGAACAUUAACUCUCGCCGUUUUUCACUCUGCUAGCGUUAAUGAUCACACUUCAGGCCGAAGACACUGAAAACACAACAGCCUGAUAUAAUCUUUGCUGAGAUAGCUCUGAAUCCUUAGUGCAUUUUAGGCUUCAACACAGUUUUACAGUCUCUUUAAUCAAAGCAAGGGAUUGAGGCCUUAAAUAUGGUUUGGAGAGAAGAGCUGGAUCUUAUAGACGACAGCUACAUUUAGGAACCAGUCUGUCUUAAAGUAGUGGGAGAUUUUAGAACAUAAGGCCUUCUAGCAGAGUAACUGCACUUUUACUUGUAGUGAAAGUUAAAAAAAAGUUUGUUUCUAAUAACUUUCAACUUUUAGAUAAGUCUUGUAUAAAAUAUGUUACGAUGUGCUUGGAUGUUUGUGUGGACUUGUUAUCUAUGAGCAGGAAUACAUCACUCCCUGAAUAAAUUCUUAAAUAUCCUGCA